GGGACGCCGAGCCUGCGGUGGCGCGGCCGCGCCCUCGGAUCGUCCCAGCGGGCGGACGACGCAUGCGCGGGCGGUGCGGUCUUAAGGGCGGCCGCGGCCCGGGGCCGCCCAGUCGGCCUGUCAGCCGGCUUCGAGGUGCGUCCCUGCGCUUGCGCGGCGGCGGUGAUGAAAGCGAUGGCGGCGGAGGAGGAGGUGGACUCGGCGGACGCCGGUGGAGGGUCAGGAUGGCUGACAGGGUGGCUUCCUACCUGGUGUCCCACAUCUACAUCACACCUUAAAGAAGCUGAAGAGAAAAUGUUAAAAUGUGUCCCCUGCACUUACAAGAAAGAGCCUGUGCGCAUAUCCAAUGGAAACAGAAUAUGGACGCUGAUGUUCUCUCACAACAUUUCUAGUAAGACGCCACUUGUCCUCCUUCAUGGUUUUGGAGGAGGUCUUGGACUUUGGGCCCUGAAUUUUGAAGAUCUAAGCACCGAUAGGCCUGUCUAUGCCUUUGACCUAUUGGGCUUCGGAAGAAGUAGUAGACCUAGGUUUGACAGUGAUGCGGAAGAAGUGGAGAAUCAGUUUGUGGAAUCCAUUGAAGAGUGGAGAUGUGCGCUCAGGUUGGACAAAAUGAUCUUGCUUGGACACAACCUGGGAGGGUUCUUGGCUGCCGCUUACUCACUGAAGUACCCAUCAAGGGUUAGUCACCUCAUUUUAGUAGAGCCAUGGGGUUUUCCUGAGCGACCAGAUCUUGCUGAUCAAGAGAGACCAAUUCCAGUUUGGAUCAGGGCCCUAGGGGCCGCAUUGACUCCCUUUAACCCCUUGGCUGGCCUCAGGAUUGCAGGACCUUUUGGGUUAAGUCUAGUGCAGCGUUUGAGGCCCGAUUUCAAGCGGAAGUACUCCUCUAUGUUUGAAGAUGACACGGUGACAGAGUACAUCUACCACUGUAAUGUACAAACCCCAAGUGGUGAGACAGCUUUCAAAAACAUGACGAUUCCUUAUGGGUGGGCCAAGCGGCCAAUGCUUCAGCGGAUAGGUGGCUUGCAUCCUGACAUUCCAGUUUCAGUGAUCUUUGGAGCCCGAUCCUGCAUAGAUGGCAACUCUGGAACCAGCAUCCAGUCACUGCGACCGAAGUCCUACGUGAAGACAAUCGCCAUCCUCGGGGCGGGGCAUUAUGUGUAUGCAGAUCAGCCAGAAGAGUUCAACCAGAAAGUCAAGGAGAUCUGCCACACAGUAGACUGAGCACAUGGAACCAUGCAGCACCCGUGACUGGUACCGUUCAUGAGCAAUCCCCACACCCACAGGAAGAGAAAGAAGUACAUCCCGAGGACCCCCGCAGUCUCCUGGACUGGACUCUGCAGCUUUCCACUUUUAAACCAACCAGUGCCUUCUAGAAGAAUGGCUUUCCUUUCUCCUACACAGAAUUAAAAUACAGAAGAGUCUCCCAAUUUAAUAAUCGCCUUAAAUAAAGGUUGUCCUUCUGAUGUACUGAAAAAUUGUGAUUUUUCAGCUGAGACUUUUCUCAUUUUCACCUAACUGCUUGUUAGGUGUGUUUGGUGUUACAGUCUGUAUGGCAGUGUACCUAGUCCGUAUGCCAGUGUACCUAGUCCGUAUGCCAGUGUACCUAGCGACUUCUGGGCCUGUGGUGUUAGGUGUUGGGAAGCUGCACUUUAUUUUCCUUGCAUGUAUUUACUGUCUCUAACAACUAACACAGUUAACCCAAGUAUUUUUAUGUAAAAAGAUUUCAAUUUAGAAUACUUCAUUUUUGAGAUGGAGUUUAGAAUAUUUCAUUUUGAAAUGGAAUGAAAGGGUUAGUUUUUGAUGUAAAAGACAGGAGUCAAUCACUAGCGUUAACUUUCCUUGUUUUCCUGUUUUAUGAUCAAGGCCGUGUUUCAGCAUUUUAAAUGUGUUCCAUGGUGACAUAGUGCUUAUAGCAACACAGUUCCUGGGACCCUUCUGUGUGUAAUCUACAGGGUUCUAUGAGAACAUAUGCAUAGACUCUGCAAUUCAAGUGCUGAGUAGCCCGAACCUGAAACCUGUCCCCUUUCCUUCCAGUAUUCCCAGGACCCAGGAUCUAGGUCUCCUCCCUUGCAGGGAUGUUAACACUGUUGCCUCUCGGGAAACCAAGUCCCACUGUGCUCUCACGAGCAGCCAGCUUACAUGGUGCUUAAACUGGAUCACAUUUUACCACUAACAUUUAAAACUAUGUGGUGCUGUUACGUCUCAUGGCGCCAGAAAUGAGAUAGAACUUGUGGUUAUUUUUUAUUGAAUAUUAUGUUAAUCUAACCACUUAUAUACUUGAAGUAAAAUUAUGAAAAAAUCUAUCAUGUUGUUUGAACUGUUUGGCAGAAACCACCGUUGGAUUUAUAACUUUCUGACAGUGUUAAAGUGAGAGACAAUUUGAAACUAUGAAAAAGCUCCAUGGAGUAGCUGGAUGCUGAGAAAGCCUUCUGUCUAGAGAACAGAGAACAAAGAGCAUUGUUACCAACAUUGUUUGUCCAGGAGAAAGGCAGAUUACACAAAUAAAAACUCGACCUCACAAAUCACGACUUGAUGACUUGAGCUAUUACAUUUUUAGUUGACUAGUCAGGAAAUUUUUUUUGAAAAUAUAAAAUUAUAUCACAUGUAAUUAACUGCCAGCAAGAUUAGCUCCAUACUUUAGGAGACCGUGAAAAUCAUAUUGAAGCGGGACAAAGCAGCCUCCCAGCGACCCUUUAUCUGACUCAUUUAACGCAUUAGGUUAGUGCGAGGAGCCACUGUGAGACCAAAAGUGCUUGUUUUCACCACCUUGAGAAUAAAAAUAGCCUUUUUUCCCUUUUAUAGUUAGUGUUGUGGGUGGCCAGAUCCACACUUGAGAGUGGUAGAACCUUUGUGCAGGACUCUCACUUGGCAUUCACCAGCCUCAGUCUUUUGUUCACCGAAGAAAAAAAUUUCUGCACAAGAAACCGGUCCGCCCAAAGAAGCUGACUUCCCCACUGAGCCGCUUUGCUUUACUGGAAACCUGUGAAGCUUCCUAAACAUUAAAAUUUCCUUGGUGUGCGCAGUGAUUGUUGUAAAGGUUGAAGCAGUGAAGUUUAUAAUCUGCAAAUUCUUGAGAACAGUGGUUGCUAAACAUCUUUCUUGUAAAUGAUCUCUUAACUAUCUUUGGUCUUUGCUAAGUUAUUUUACAGAAUAAACUCGACAGUGCUAGCA